AUGGGCACGACACACGAGAAACAACUAACUUCAAACCCCGAACCAGGAACUACUCAAGAAGGAUGGAAGAGAAAACGAUUUGCCAUGGAUGAAGAGGAAGAAACAACAAAUGUGUUGCAUCAAUUAAUUGAUGCGUUGGAAAAGAAUGGCAAAUUGCUGAGCUCUCAACUUGAAGCUCAGAACACCAACUUUCAGUUAGACAGAGAACAACAGAAAGAUCAUGUAAAUAGCUUAAUUGUUGUUCUUAAUAAGCUUGCAGAUGCAAUGGAAAGAAUUGUUGAUAAAUUGUAA